UUAGUUUAGUAAGGUAUGCUUACAAAUGAUAUUCUUAUGGGAGAGUUUAUUGUUUCAUUUGUUAUAAUUAAACGGGUCCUCCUUUUGUAAGCAAACCUUUAAAGUUGUAUUGUUUACUUUGCUUUCAAAAUUGGUUUGUUCGAUACAUUAUUUAAAGGCUCAGCUUCGUUAAGGCAAUUUUCUACCUCAUCAUCCAAUCAAAGUGAACGAGCACGAAUGUCUUCUUCGGCGACGAAUAGUGACGUGCCCAAAGUUUCAAUCAGUAAGUAUGGUAUAAUAAUAGAAGAACAAAAGAAACCAGAGCCGGCAGCUAAGCCGAUUCUAAAGAAAGAAUCGCAGAUUAGUAUGCAAAAGACGAAAGCAGAUGAUGAGAAUAAUAAUCUGAAGAAGAGUUCUGCAAGAAAUAUUAAGAUAUCCAACAGCCAAAUGAAGUUGAACAAAGCCGAUUUGAAUGAUAAUUAUCUAGCUCAAAGCGUUAUGAAUAUAUCAAAUUUAUUACAAAAUCAAAUGAGAAAAUCAUCGUUUAUGAGCGCACCGGGAAUAAUGAUUGGACAACCACUAUCUCCUCAAUUUAAUCCAUACGAUCUUACGCAACUUCAACAACAAUCAAUGAUGCCUUUACAACUACUAUUAGGUCAGAGUGGAGGUAUUUCGCAAACUAUGCCCGAUGGACAACAGCCUUUCAUGGGCAAUUUCUUUCCGGAUUUCGGAAAUCAAUUGAAUAGUUCACAAGAAACUACUCAAGAUUACGAGGAUAUGUCUUCAGGGGGCAGAGUUUAUAAAGGAACCAGGAGGGGUGGGAGAUUAAAAGUUACAGAUCAACCUCAAGUUGCCACUUAUUUAAGGGAAGAAAAGGACGCUCACUAAAUGUCAAUCUAAUAUCUUUGAAAUUAACUUUUUCCACUAUCUUUCCAGUUAUUCAUUCUUCGAAUCGUUUAAUAAAGAAUAUUGAAGAUUAUGGCAAAAAUCCCUACUGUAUAAAAACUCAUUUCUCACGUCUAAACAACAAUCUUAAACUCCAUCUAUCGGAUUAUGGAAAUUUUUUUUAUGCAAUUGAGUGGGAA